GCAUCACUGGGGUGGGACCAGACACCCGGUGCCCAGCCUGGAUUCCGGUAGCAGCAGCGAUAACUGCCCCCCUGGGCAGGAGUCACCUCCUCCAGGAAGAACUCGGCCAGCUCCUCAGACACAUCCCGCCACCUCCGACUUCUGUUCCGCGCCAGUGCGCAUGCGCGGACUCAUCGGAGACUCUCGGGCCGAGACCACAACUUCCGGAGUGCUGGCCACCGCCUCGGACCGCUGCUCUGAACCAGUGCGCAUGAGCAGACUCAGCGGCUCCUCGCGCGCAGGGACCACAAUACCCAGGGUGCUCCGCGCUCCGGCCGCUACGGCUGUCGCCGAGACCAAGAUGGCCGGGAGACUCUCUGCCUUCUUCAAGAAUGCCUGGGCCAAGGAGCCGGUGCUGGUCGCAUCCUUCACCAUCGGGGGCCUCGCUAUAGUUCUGCCCCCCCUCAGCCCCUACACCAAGUACGCUGCCAGGAUCAACCAGGUCACACCCUACAACUACCCAGUGCCUGUCCGGGAUGAUGGCAACAUGCCCGACAUACCCAGUCACCCCCAGGACCCCCAGGGCCCAAGUUUGGAGUGGCUGAAGAAACUGUGAGCAGCUCCACUGACAGGGAGGAGGCCGCCAGCCGUAGCCCCCAAUAAAAAUGUGAAAACCUA